CGGCAUAUGAACAGUCAGUCGACGAAAAGUGAUUCACUUUCAAAUGAUGCAUGCGCUAGCUUUGAAUGCGUACAGGUGAUCCGUGGUAUCCCUGAGGUCAGAAUGGUACAGUCCACACCCCUGCAGUUGAAAUGGUACUUUCCUACUGGGUGGCGUCUUCUUUCAUCAACUAGGAAGUAAACGUAGACGGUGUUAGCGGUGUGGUGCAAGCUCUGCCCGAGACUGGAGUCCUCAAACCGUGGUGAUUUUUACACUAAAUAGCGAUGUCUCCUGAUGAGCUGGUGUACUUGGGAAUUCUUGCUGCCUCCAUCCCUGCUGGAUUCCUCUUCCGUUACCUCAGUCCACCUGUGAAGCAGGGGGCAGCUCUUCUUCUGGGCCUCUCUAUUACCAUCGCCACCUGUCACAUCCACACACUCCACUCUCUGUUGACGGUGAUUGGAACAUGGGUUAUUAUAAAGAGCAGCUGGCGGCAUGCCCCAGCACUGAGUCUCGGCUGGACCUUUCUCUACCUCCUCUUCUUCCGGCUGGUCACCUGGUUCGGUCUGCCACCACCGACACCUUUUGCCAAUGCCGUCCAGCUACUUCUCACUCUCAAGAUGGUGAGUCUAGCCAACGAGGUGCAAAGUUUCCACAUGGAGAAGAAAAAGGAAGUGAGCUCUUUUGCCAAGUCUCCUGUCAUUGGUGGUCUGUCUGAAGAGCCCUCUCUCUACGAUAUUCUGUCCUAUAGCUACUGUUAUGUUGGUAUAAUGACUGGUCCCUUCUUUCGCUUCCAAACGUACGUUGACUGGCUGACACAGCCGAGCCCGCUGGCCCUGCCCGGCUGGGUGCCGUGCCUGCAGCGCUUGAAGCUGGUUCCCGUCUAUGGCGCUCUGUUCCUGGCUGUCAACUCUGUCUUUCCUCUGGCUUAUGUUCGCACAGACGAGUUCCUGGAUCAAAACUUUUUCUUCAGGUUUUUCUACAUGAUAGCGAUAUUCUUCGUGUUCAGGAUGCGUUUCUAUGCGGCGUGGUGUGGAGCUGAGGCUGGUUGUAUCAGUGCAGGUCUGGGCUGCUAUCCAGAAAAGGCGCUGUCCAAACCCGGAGGAGGACCCACUGUCAACUACAGUCCCGACCCCACAGCUGAAGAGAAAUAUGACUUCAGGACCAUCCAGAACAUUGACUGCUACAACACUGACUUCUGCGUGAAGGUCCGACAUGGCAUGCGUUACUGGAACAUGACGGUGCAGUGGUGGCUGCAUCACUACAUCUACCCAAACGCCCCCUUCAAAGCCUACACUCUCAGGGCAGGCUGGACUAUGUUCAUCAGUGCCUACUGGCAUGGACUACAUGCUGGCUACUACCUCUCCUUCCUAACUAUCCCCCUGUGCAUCGCAGCCGAGUCUGCCAUGGAGGCCUCUGUCCGAGCCAAACUGGGUCCUCGUGGGCAGAAUAUCUUCGACUGGGUCCACUGGUUCCUGAAGAUGAGGGCCUACGACUACAUGUGCAUGGGCUUCGUGCUGCUGAAGGCCUCUGAAACCAUAUACUACUGGACGUCCAUCUACUUUGUCAUGCACCUCAUCGCCAUUUGCUGUAUAAUAGUGGGCAGGGUGCUGAAGGGAGGGAAGAGGGAAGGGAGGAGAGGGGACAAGCAGGAGAAAAGAGAGGGAGAGAAGAUAGAAAACGUGAAAGAGAAAACUGGAGAAAAAACAGACUGAAUGGAGGUACAGAAAGGAACUGGUUGGAUACUUUUUUGGACAUGAGAAGUUACUUCAAGACUAUAUUUCCCAAAAUUAUUUGCACCAACAUUCAUCUUUCUAGCAACACAAGUCGCCGCACAAGUCCAAUAAGAUUUCCAGUGAGCAAAGUUCAACUCAAUUUUAUUAAAAAAUAGUCAGACAAAAGUGUGAUGUGUAAAUCCCAGUAAAAUGUCUCCACUGAAGACAAUAUGUGUAGAGGUACGUAAAAGUACUGGGAACACUGGGAGAGGAAUGUUUGAGCUCAAUGAAUGUUACUUUUGUAUUGUGAGUGUCAACUUGGGCAUUAGCCUGUACCGUGUGUGUGAUUUUAUUUCAAGAUACCAUGCUCAGUU